ACCCUACCACGAAGAGACGACAGCACCGCCUAAAAAUGGAGUCUUCGUCGGCGACGUGCGGAACAUGGAGGCCAUGCUUGCUCCAUCAUCCGGCGCACCACCACUACCACCACCCUCCUUUAUUCCUAUGCCCUCCGCCUCUCCACCGCCACCAUUGCUUCCACAUCCACUUUUCACCUCACUGUCCACUUCACGGCUAUCUUCUUCAACCAAACCCCUACCUCCAAGCGUGCCCUGAUUCUGUCCCCUUGCCUGACCAGCCCAAUUCACAGGUUCCUGAUGAUCCUGGACAAACUUACCCUUCCGACGCCCUAAUGAUGCAAGAGGGGACUGAGGAAGUGGCAGAGGAAGAUGAAGAAGAGCCAGUUUUUGUUUUAACUGAUGAAUGGAGGGAGUUCUUUGCAAAAUCUGAAGCCAAAAGGAGGCUAUCGAAGAAGCAAGCUAGAAAGAAGUGGAAAAAUGUGCAGGCGUAAGAACUUCAUAUUCCAAGUGACGAGGAGGAGAGGGGGUGGCAGUUGCUCUCGACAUUCAGUGCCAUGAGGAAGAUGAUCCAGAACCUGUUGCUAAAGUUGACGUUGAAGCUACACAAUUAAGGAACUAAAACCAAAGAGUGCCACUGAAGAUACACACUGUACACUGUUCGGAUUGAAGUUUAGAAAGUGAAUGGAAGUAAAUGCGCUUGUAAUCCUUCUUGAAUGAAAAUAUUCAUUACCUUUUGUUUGUCUAGAAACAAUUGAUGCCAAGAAUUUAAAUGAUUAGAUUGAA